CAGGACAAGCAAUGAAAUGAACUAUACGGGAUAACUGUCAUGAACAUGACAAGUAUGACUACUAUCAUUGUUGGCAGAGUAAAACUGUAUGAUUUUGUUUUGCUAGCCAAGUGAGCCUCAAAGAGUUAACAGCAGCUUGAAUAGCAAGGUUUGGUGGCUUGAACCAAUCCAACUGAGUCAAGCAUAGCUAUGCCAUCAAUAUAUGUAGUCAUUAUAUGAUGGACAUUGAAGUUUUCUUUACCCUUUCAAUUUAUCGACUUGAUGGUUGCUUCUCUUUAAAAUGCCAGACAAGAAGAAAAACCUACAAUUCAUCUGGCCCAAAGAUGGACCCAAAGGUCGCAGCGGCCACCGAGGAUUUUUCGGGAGACUGAACAAUAUUGUAACAAAUCGAGGGCCAGAUAUUUUUGUUGGAAAACAAGGAAGUAGGAUCAGUCCCGAUCGCUGGCAGAAUUGGUGAAUUUAUGCAUUCAAUAGUCAUACAAUGUAUCUGACUUUUCAACAGGGACUCUUACCAUGAUGAACAUAAGCACAUUCAUGAAAUAACUGGAGCCUUCUCAAGAGAUUUCAAAAGAUAUGAUCCACAUACACGGAAAUAUGUCGAGUGGGAACAAACCCAAGAUUGGAACGGAUAUGGAGUCGCAAAUAAUCCAUGGGAAUAUCCACGCUUAACUGCAGAUGAAUGUGCCCAAAUUUACCGGUCCUAUCAUCAAGGUCAUCAAAUUGAUCCUUCCAAGUUCGAAGAUUGGAAUCAUGCUGGUCCUAACGUAAGUUAAUUUUGCAAAGGCGGGAUCAUUAGUAACUAAUAUUUAACACAGAGAUUCAGACAAGAAUAUGAUAGUUUCUGGCAAGCAGCACAUCGAAGAGGAGAAAAUUAUAAAUAUGGCUGGAACCAUUUAAGGGGUGAAAGUAAUCCUUGGAUGAGGAUGCAUCAAGAAUGGCCUACUGAUUUAGAGGAUUGGAUGGCGCUUCGUGGGAUGUACUAGAUAUGUAUGGUAUAUUUGAGAAGGGUGAAGAUGCUUCGUGAUAGGGGAUUCUUGAAUUUUGGUUCUUUGUUUUCUUUUUGAGUAUUUAUUUGUUGAUGGAUUUGCAUUAUGCUUAAAAUGAAGAUUUAUUACCUAGUAGCUGGGGAUUUGUGGUACUUUGAUGUUGAUAGUGAUGUUGAGCUGGUGUAUGGGACUGGCUUAAUGGGUGUAAAUUGCAGAUACAUACACGG